AUGUGGUGUUCUAGGACUGCUGACUUGUGCCUUCUCAACUCUACACAUAGUUUGCGUCGCCUCUAAUAUAAAUUUGAAUAGCGACAUGUGGUAGUCCCUUUGAGAUUUUGGAUCACAUGGACUUUGUGUCCUUAAACACCCAACUCGCGGAUAGUGGGAGGAACCCUUAAACAGGAUGGCCAUGUUCCUAUUUGCCAGGUGUCAACAUGAUCAUCAUGUAAGGCACAUUAGCGAGAUCUAUAGCAAAGUCGACGUCUUUGAUCUGUCCCUACUUGCCUGAGAGACUCGCAUUGACCAAAUUAUAGGAGCGGGAUUGUCCUAUGAGAUGAUAGAUGCGGAUUCUUACCUUAGAAAUUGAAAUGAAAAAAAGAAAAAAGAAAAAAAAGGAUGCAUGUCCAGUUUUCUGGUCUCGCGGGCUUUACUUCUAACGUGCACUUUGAUGUGCAAGCAUCUCAGAUACCAUGAUAAGAUGUCAUCGCAAAUCCUGCAUUCUUUCAAGCUACGCAUAUGAAGUUAAAACGGGGGUUAGACUCGAACAGUCAGCCCAGGUAGCAGAAUAGAACCCGAAAAUGCCUUAAGUCACAGAAUGUAGAAUGAUAGAUGGCAGCAAAUAUUACUACUCUUUUCUGUACUGUGGCGCAACUAAACAGAAGGCUCUCUAUCGGUCGUUAUUCACCGGAAAAGAUCUUAGCCUGCCUCGCCCAGUGCAUAUGACCCCAACUCACGUGUGCCAUUGGAUGAGGUGAGACCCACUUGAUGCAAGAUGAUAGUAUGUGUGACGCAUAUUGAUAAUUCCACGAUACAUAAUACAUGCUGUCAACUAAUUGUCUGAUUAGGAGGUGUCUGGAAUAAGCGUACCUUGUUGUCAGAAUUUCUACAACUGUGGAAGGUUUUACCUGGGUACAGAACCUAGCAGCUAUCCUUCUUCUUAACAGAAAGCAGAUGGAGGCCCAUUUUUUUUUUUUUUUGCUGUCUCAUUAAACUCUCAUUUUCAACGAACUUCAUUCUAAUCUAAACAACAAAAUCAAGCACCAUAACAAUACCCUGAUGAAGAUGGGGAUACAUUUUCACCUGAAAGCCGAUGAACCCAAGAUAUAUAGACAUGCACAGGUACACCGGAAGGUUUACCCAAGUCCGUGACCUCAGCUCUCCUCAUCAUUCUGGAAACUUUUUGAAAGCAUUUCUGUAGAAAGAAAAACUUGCUGAAGGCACUGCGUAUAUUUCCUAUAAAGGAAAGGAUCAGGUUAGGUGUUAAAUGUAAAAUGCAUUUGCAAGUUAAUACUUGUCAUUUGGCGUGUGAAUUAACCAAAUUGAAGCUUUCAUUUUCUAAACAGCAUUGUUUGAUUGACUUAUGCAUUCGAAGCAAGAGAUAUACGAAGGAGAGCAUGCACCAGUGAUAAGGUGCAGAUCUGUGCUCUCUUACUUUGUCACAACAGCAAUGAAAAAACGGACGACAGAUUGUCCGCAACCUCAAUCUGCACUGCCCACCAAAAGAACUCGGAAGAUGACCCAUACAGAAACAACUCGACGUUUAUCUCUAGUCAUCUGCCAAAAAAAAAAAACUCCCACACAUUUAGGAAGGAGAUUGCACAGGUAAGCGCCCCAGAGGAUACCCAGAAAUAAUUAUCUGAAGGCAAGGCUGUAAUACCUGAGCAAGUUCAUGCACCCUAGUCUGCAUUAUAUGAACUUAGAAAAGUUUUGAACGAGCUACCCUAAGGGAAAGCUUUAUUUAAUAGCUUUCCUAGAGUGUGCUUGUCAAUCGAAAAUGCUGCAUAAGAUAGUGAAUUCUGUCCACAAGGCAAUUCACAUGAAUUUAAAGUCAGUUGAGAGUAGAAGUGAACAGAGUAGUUUUAAAAUUCCCUUUUCUACGGAGUUUGGUAUUACUUAACCAUGUCCUAAUCAUCAAUCAUUCCUUCCUGUUGUUGGUGUUAAAUUAUUGCCCAAAAGCUGUCUACAUAUACUGCUCUGUGCCUUCCUACAGUGUUAAGUGAAUUCCACAAAUUCAUAAUCACCAAAUCCGAGUGGGAUAGGCGGUUUUGUGUGCAAAUGGCAGGCGGUGCAGAUUUAGCUGUCCUUCCUCUAUGCAACAAGGCUGUUGUUGACAGAAGCCAAGAACCCAGCAAGAACCACCAUAAGAACCUGGUUUCUUCUGCAGCAGAGGGAGCGACAAUUCGGCGGCCUCGGGGAAGGCCGGCUGGCUCCAAGAACAAGCCCAAGCCACCCAUCAUUGUGACAAGAGACAGUGCCAAUGCCCUUCGAGCUCACGCCAUGGAGGUGAGCUCAGGCUGCGAUGUGACUGAGAGCCUGACGAGCUUUGCCCGCAGGAAGCAGCGGGGGCUCUGCAUCCUCAGUGGCACAGGCUGCGUGACCAAUGUGACGAUCCGGCAGUCGGCGUCCUCUGGGGCUAUUGUGACCCUCCACGGCCGGUUUGAGAUCCUCUCGCUGCUUGGCUCGAUCCUGCCCCCACCGGCCCCGCCUGGGAUAAUGGGCCUGACAAUAUACCUCGCUGGGGCCCAGGGGCAGGUGGUUGGAGGGGGCGUGGUCGGCGGGCUGAUUGCCUCAGGCCCAGUCAUGAUCAUGGCCGCAUCAUUCAUGAAUGUGACGUUCGACCGACUGCCGCUGGACGACGAUGAAGUGUCUGUGGCAAUUCAGAAUCAGCACUACCAGAACGGUCGGCACCAGCACGCGGACAUAUCUGAUUUAUAUGGAAUGCCACAGAACCUGCUCAACAAUGCUGGGAGUCUCCAUACAGAAAUGUAUGCCUGGGGGAGCGCACGGGCCGUGCCGAAGACCUGAGCUUACUCAGGAGAAACUAAAGAAAAACGAUCCCCCAAUACAGAAAGAGAAGUUACUAUAAAGGGCCUUGUUAGUUUGGCUUUUGCUGAAGCAGCAUAAGCAUUGUAGCUUUGGUUACUGAUCAAAUACGGAAAUACUCAAUUGGUAUCACA